AUGAGACCGCUGAGGGGCAAGCACAUUGCUUUCCAAAAACCAGGAAUCUUUCUACGCUGUCAUGGAAGUUCUUCUCGCUCUGAGUGGCAGUGUAAGUUUCUUGCCCGUCUUGACGAUGCUUCUCCAGCCACUCUUGCCGAUAUCAUAAGCGAAUGUGGCCGACACAGAGCCCUUCAACAGGGAAAGCUGGUUCACGCACAUAUAUCGCGGCAAGGAUUGGACGGAGGCACAUUUCUGGGCAACAGGCUCAUUGAGAUGUAUCUCAAGUGUGGUUCUGUAGCUGAUGCUCGACGAACACUCUACAGUAUGCAAGAGCAGACAGUAGUAACUUGGACCGUGAACAUGGCAGCUUUCUCACAGCAUGGUUACUGCAAAGAAGCUAUCCGGUUACUCAGAGAGAUGCAGCUACGUGGUUUCCAAGUCGACAGGGUGGCCUUCGUCACAGCUCUCGGGUGGGCAGUGCGCUCGUAA